ACAAUACUUUCCGUGUUAAGAGCCAGUAAAUAUAUGUCAAGGUGACGAGUGCGGGGGAAAACCAGAAAGUGUACCGAAACCGAUAGCUGCUACAUUACGUGCCAGGAGGCCUCUGGCUCAGUGGCUGCACCUGCAGGCUAAUUCCUCCAGGCUUUGGACAGUGAAAAGAGGAGUCUGGCUUCCAUGACAAACAAGCCACGAGGUGCCAUUGUGCUGAACUUUGUCAUUUUUUAACCCUCCCCCCCCAAAAAAAAAAUAAAUAAAAAAUUUGGCACAACUUACAAUUUAUAACUCUAGUGGUGUGAGAAGCUUGGCCACUACCUACAAACCAUGGGAAACCAUCUGAAUCGCCCCACUGAAGAUCAUAGGGGAAACUGUACGGAUGCAACAUGCCUCGAAAUGAAGGAUUCUGGCUCUCAGGAGGUGGAAACAGGCUGUGAUUCUCAUUUUGCAGAGGACAUUGAUAGACCUGUCAGCCCAGGGGAUGUAAACAAACAUGGCAGUGAGGCGCCCAGCAACUCGUCUUUGUGGUUCGGCAGUGAAAAUGAGCUGGAGCUGAAUAACAGCCAGGUGGCAACAGGUGGGGAUGAUCUGGCCCCUUCAGCUCCCGGCAGCCACGUGGACAGAUUGCACGUGCAGUUGCCGUCAGCUCAGGGAAAGGUCACGGAGGAGGGGGUGUUUGGAGGAGCCGUGAGCCAGCCGGUGUCGGGUUAUAGGGGAACGGAGGCCCGGAUUGGACGGCUAGGUGAUGAGUCAGAUGAUUACUCAGAACUGUGGUGUUCCCCUGUCAAAAGAGGGCCGUCUUCAGACAGCUGGAUAAGCACAAACUGUGACAUGGUUACUUUGGGGGUCCCUGAAUCUUCUACUGCAAUCAGCCAGACCCAAUCUGCCAUGGCCCUCACAGACCAGAGCGAGGAGCUACAGCCAGAUCAGGAGGGCACCAAACCAGCGGAGGAUGUCAACUCGAGCACAUGCCCACAGGAUCAUACCAGGGUGGAAAGCAACCAAGCCUGCCUGGAGAUAGACCUGGACCAGCAGUGGAGGUCCUUUGAGAUGAGAUACCCUGGAACUACUGCUACCUUCACAGGCAGCAUCAUGGAGCCCGUUCCUGGGAUGGAAAGUGCAACAGUGUGGGAGAUGACUGAGGAACGUGAUGACCAGAGGAAGGUGUUUGUGUGCACCAUUGAUGAGAUUUUCAGAGUACCUCAAUACUCCAAUACAGUUCCGGUGCCACAGUGGCCAACGAUGGGUGUUGUCAGAAACUCAGAGGUGACAAAUCACCCCCUGCCAGGGCCUGAAGAUGAGUUCAGGGAGCGACCGACAGGGACGGUCGACAUGGUAACUGAGGAACUCCCAGCCUGUGAGACUAUCUGCCCUGAAAACUGUGGAAAAGGGGAAGAACGUGAGAACCUAUACGUUAGCAUACUGGCGGACCCCUGCGGGCAGGAAGCCCCACCGCAUGAGGCCCCAGUGUCGGGAGAGGAUGGCCAGACUGACAUCAGCUUACCGAGCAUGUCACACUCAACCGGUGACAGUUUCAGUUUUAAAGCUGUGCAUCAGAAGGUUUCCCUAAAUCAGGCUGAUGAGGAUCUUCAUGGAGACCUGCCACAAGUCGAACUCGGCAGUGACGGCCCUACUCCAGAAAAAGAACCGGUGUCAAUUGGAGGUCCCCUGACAGCCGUGACCUUUGACCCCACGGGGACGGAUCCCAUUCAUGGAGUCAGGGCCCUUGGCCAGGAGCUCGCCAGUGUGAUCAUAGUGACGGUUGAGAACCUGAUACUUUCAAAGGAAGACCACGUCGCGUGUCUAACGCUCGACCUCCAUGACGUCUUCUUUCAUGCUGGUUCGUUUUGUCUGGGGGACGUGUACAGUCAGACGUCCUUGGGGCAGGCUAAAAUGGGAAAGACUGAUACUGUUUGUGAUGGUGAAGGACAGCAGAGUGCUGAUAUUUGUCCCAGCGUACCGGAAACAUCUUCAGAAUGCAAGGGGGACCUUAUCUGCCCUGAGGGGACGGUCGUGGCAGCCGCACUGGGGGUACCUGGAACGGGACAGGAGUGUGGAGAAUCUCUGGAGAUACAUGCUAAUUGGGAAAGUUCUGACAGGGCAGGUGGAACCAUGGCAGUGGUGGAGGACGUUACGGUGACAGAAAGCUCCAGCCCAGGGAACGAACAGAAACAUUCCCAAAUCCAAGUGACUCGUUUGACUCAGUGUGAAACAGCCAAGCAUAAGAAUGACCUACUGUGUAGCAGGCAGUUAUCCAGUGAAGAAAAGCGCACCGCUACUUUAGGAGAUAGCCGGCCAGCAGAGCAUAACAGAGAUAAGUCCUCAGGACCACCGACCCAUAAAAGGCCUGAACGUGAAGCGAGUGAAGAGCGACCUCGUAGGGUGAAGGAAGCCUCCAGCGUGUUACGGGACAUCUGGCCAGAGAAGGGCGGGGACACGGGCCUCAGGCUGCUCUGUCUGCUGGGGUGCGUCACGGACGACUGCUCCAUCGUCUGGUCCAAAGAUGGCGCUCUUCUGGCCGGCCAGGAGAGAAGUACAGGUGAUCCCCUCCAGGUCUCGCUCGCCAUUGCAGAGGCCUCUGCUUCGGACCUGGGGACCUAUCAGUGUCUUCUCAGUGGUCCUCAUGGUGAGGCGUCCUCAAGGUUCCACCUGACCGCAGAAGUGCUGAGUGAACUUCUCCCUCCCCACAGCCCUGCACAAGUCAUCAAGGGCAUUAGAGAGGAUGUGAGAUGUGCCCCACUGCUCUUCAGGAAGGACUUCCUCUGCGAGCAGUACUUUGGAGAGCACGAGGCAGCCAGCAUUAUCACCGAGGGGGUCCACUUUGGGGAAGGCAUGCACCGGCGGGCCUUCCGGACUAAGCUCCUGGAUGGCCUGCUGGAGGCCUUCAGGCCUGGACAGCCCUGCGUGCUGAAGGUGCACAACGCCAUCAGUUACGGCACCAAGAGCAGCGACGAGCUGGUCUGUAAGAACUACAGCCUGGCUGUGGAGGAGUGUCAUGCUCAGAACACGGCUCGGGAGUACAUCAAGGCCUACAAAGAGGUGGCAAAAUCAGCGGAGGCUUUCGGGGAAGUUCCCGAGAUCAUUCCCAUCUACCUGGUACACCGGCCCUCCAAUGACAUUCCUUAUGCCACACUGGAGGAGGAGCUGAUUGGAGACUUUGUGAAGUACUCCGUUCGGGACGGGAGGGAGGUCAACCUGACGAGGCGGGAGACAGAGGCGGGACAGAAGUGUUGCGCCUUCCAGCACUGGGUCUUCCACAAGACGGAGGGAAACUUGCUGGUGACGGACAUGCAAGGUGUGGGGAUGAAGCUGACCGACGUUGGCAUAGCGACAUGUAGAAAGGGGUACAGGGGCUUCAGGGGGAACUGUGCCACAUCUUUCAUCGACCAGUUCAGGGCGCUGCACCAGUGUAACCGAUUCUGCACGCUACUGGGCCUGCAGUCCCUGCAACCCACCCAGCCGAAGGCCAGAAGGCCAGGGAACGAGACAAAGCCGACCCUGAAGAAAAAGACAGUGGGCGACCCCCACAAGCCCAGACCCUGAGAAAGCGGGGCCAUGGAACCUGGAAAUUAGGGACAAAUCAAAUGUAUCGUGUUGUUUUCUUUCUUAUACAAAGGAAAUUUUCCAUCAAACUUGCAUCAGUAGGACUUGGAUCCACAAGAUAGAAACACUGUUUUUUUUUUAUUUAAAUCAUUGCUUGGUGCUGAACACUUUAGGUGGCAGCAAGCGUCAUGGGAGAAGGAAAUCCUGCACGGCCUAAUGAAAAACCUCACUAGUGACAGGAACCAGAAAGUGAGUUCUGCUUGGCCUAAUGAAAAACCACACUAGUGACGGGACCCAGAAAGUGAGUUCUGCUUGGCCUAAUGAAAAACCUCACUAGUGACGGAACCCUGAGGGUGAGUCCUUCAGGUAGAGACAACAGGAGACAUGAAAGGCAUGACAAUCUGCUGCCACAGCUUCCCAAAAUAUGAUGGAAAGGACUAUUAUUAUUAUUAUUAUUAGUAGUAGUAGUAGUAAUAGUAGUAGUAGUAUCUUUUUUUACAAGAUAUUUUCCUAUUUUAUUCUGAAUCAGUAAGUGUAAAUAUCCAGUGUAGAACAUAUAGUUCCUGUCAAAAGUUCCUAAGUUUUUUCCUCCGAUGUUUACAUCAUAUUUUUUUCUGUAAAUACUAAAAAAUAACGUAAGUAGUGCCAACACAGUUAAAAUCAAAAGCCACCAUUUGCCUUCAUAAUGGCUUCACAAACACAAGGCAUUCGCUUAAUCUGAGGGCACCCAGAUAUGCAGGAUGCACCCAGAUAUGUAGGAUUCUUGUGAAUCACUUUGCUUUGAUUCUCCUACACAGUUCAUCGCAUAAAAUUCCGAUGGGACUGGAGGCUGUAAUUCACCUCCCUUCUUCUCCAGAUGGUUCUAAUAAAAUUCCGAGCUGUGUUUUAGGUCAUUAUAUGGCUGAACAAUGAAGGACUGCCUAAUUCCCAGAUGGAAUGGAAUACCUUUGAAGUAUACUAUGGCUUAGUCACCAGCAAAGUAACCCCAGACCCCAGAUAUGCUUCCAUACUUGGCAGAGGGAACCAUUUACUCACCCUCUGCAUCUUACAAAUACACAGCAUUUGGAUCCAAGUACAUUAGUUUUGACUUAUUAAUCCAUAAGAGUACCUUCUACUCCUGGUAACAGCCAUACAUAAAGGAUAGAUAAUUAUGGUUUGAGUUUGAAACUGGUGUACCCAAACUUUACACUGGUACUGUAUAUAUAACAUUUAUUUGUGAAUUAUGAUCAUGUAUGCAAUAUGUUGCUUUUGUAUAUAGAUAGUUUUUUGUAAGAGCAGAGUUACGUUAUUAUGUUGUGUUUACAUAUUUGCCAACCAAAUCAUGUGAAAACCCAGGAGGGGCGUCAUUUAGUGUCAGAGAAGGUUGUUUAUUGGGGUGAUGGAUACCACCUAAUAAAUCUUGGGAAGGAAAUUCCCACAGGAAAAUAAUUACUUUUAGGAAUGGUUAUGCAACAAAUAAUUGUAGAUUUGUUUUACUCUUAUAUCUAUAAAAAAAAACAAAACAACAA